GGAUAGUUUCGUAAGUCGACGGUAGACGGAUCGGUGGCAGUCGCGCGCCGGCCGCUGCCUCGGUAGGGUGUUUGUGUUUACGUCGUCGCGAUGAAAAUUUGGCCGCCAUAGAGGUUAUGUUUACGCGUGCCGCGGAAACCAAAUCGACGACGCAUGCCCUUCUGCGUCCACCUUUUCGAAAAUCCUUCACUGAUCGCCACGUGCCUGUCGAGAAAUCCUCCAUUGACUUCCUAUGACAUCGCGUCCCUCGGUGCACGGAGCAUCUUGACAACUCUUGAUAUAUCCAGAAUUUCGUAAAUGCGCAGGAGCGUGGUGUGUGCCGGCCCUCGGACGUGAUUUGGUGCGGUGGUGUGCGUGUAAAGGGCCAACAAGAGAGGCCGGAACGGUGAGCAUUCGAGAUGAGCUAUGAAUUUAGGCUGCCUGGUAGCCAUCGUCUUUGUGCAUCAGCUGCUGUCCGACGCCACAGCGCUACCCUCAGUCGUCAAGAUUGGUGCUAUAUUCACUCAUGACCAAAAGGAUAGCAGUACGGAGUUGGCCUUCAAGUAUGCCGUGUACAAGAUCAACAAGGAGAGGCUCAUACUGCCGAAAACGACGCUGGAAUACGACAUACAAUACGUGCCAAAAGAUGACUCGUUUCACGCGUCGAAGAAGGCGUGUCAACAGGUCAAAUACGGCGUGCAGGCGGUAUUCGGGCCAUCGGAUCCCAUUCUGGGGCAACACAUCCACAGCAUCUGCGACGCACUGGAUAUUCCACAUUUGGAAGCCAGGCUGGACCUGGACACGGAGGCGAAAGAGUUCAGCAUCAAUCUCUAUCCCGCACAAAGUUUGCUCAACGCCGCUUAUCAGGAUAUCAUGGAGUUUCUCAACUGGACCAAGGUCGCCAUUAUCUACGAGGACGAUUAUGGACUGGUGAAGCUGCGAGAACUAGUCAGGUCGCCGAAGUCUCAGGAGAUGGAGGUUAACCUCAGGCAGGCAGAUCCAGAUUCCUACAGGCAGGUUCUAUCCGAGAUGAAAAGCAAGGAAAUACGGAAUCUCAUCGUGGAUACCAGGCCAGAGCAUAUGCAUCAUUUUCUACGAAUGAUACUGCAGCUGCAAAUGAACGACUACAAGUACCACUAUCUCUUCACAACUUUCGAUAUCGAGACCUUCGACCUCGAGGACUUCAAGUACAAUUUCGUCAAUAUCACUGCCUUCCGUCUGGUCGACGCGGAGGACGUCGGUGUGCGGAGUAUCCUGAGGGACAUGGAGCGGUAUCAGCCGUCCGGGAAUACGAUCCUCAACAAGUCGAGAGUUAUACAGGCGGAGCCGGCGCUCAUGUACGACAGCGUGCAGGUGUUUGCCGUUGGAUUGAGGACCCUGGAACAGUCGCACGCGCUCAGGCCUGCCAACAUCUCCUGCGAGAUGGAACACCCGUGGGAUGGAGGUUUGUCCCUCAUAAACUACAUCAACUCGGUCGAGAUGAAGGGUAUUUCUGGCCCUAUCGAGUUCAAAGAAGGGCGGAGAAUUCAGUUCAAAUUGGACCUUUUGAAACUGAAGCAACAUUCGCUUGUUAAGGUCGGUGAAUGGCGUCCAGGCAUCGGUGUCAACGUGACUGACACCGCGGCCUUCUUCGAGCCGGGAGCAGCGAAUGUCACCCUCCUUGUCAUCACUAUAUUGGUCGAGAUGAAGGGUAUUUCUGGCCCUAUCGAGUUCAAAGAAGGGCGGAGAAUUCAGUUCAAAUUGGACCUUUUGAAACUGAAGCAACAUUCGCUUGUUAAGGUCGGUGAAUGGCGUCCAGGCAUCGGUGUCAACGUGACUGACACCGCGGCCUUCUUCGAGCCGGGAGCAGCGAAUGUCACCCUCCUUGUCAUCACUAUAUUGGAAAUUCCGUACGUGAUGAUGCACUACGAAAAAAACUAUACGGGGAACGCGCGGUUUUACGGUUUUUGCGUCGACCUACUGGAGGCGGUGGCGAGGGAGGUCGGCUUCUCAUACAGAUUGGAGCUGGUACCGGACAGGAAGUACGGCGCGAAAGACCCGGAAACCGGGGAAUGGAACGGCAUCGUCAGAGAGCUCAUGCGACAUGAGCAGCCAUACGUUAUGGUGAAGAACAGAGGGAAUUUCAGCGGGAACGCACGUUACGAGGGCUUCUGCAUCGACCUGCUCAAGGAGAUAGCUCACAUGGUGGGCUUCGGCUACAAGAUCGAGCUCGUUCCGGAUGGCAAGUACGGCGUUUACAAUUACGAGACCGGCGAGUGGAACGGAAUAGUGCGCCAGCUGAUGGACAAGAAAGCAGAUUUGGCCGUUGGCUCAAUGACCAUUAAUUACGCCCGUGAAAGCGUGAUCGACUUCACAAAACCGUUCAUGAAUCUUGGCAUCUCGAUACUUUUCAAGGUAAGAUUCUUCUCUAUUCUUCGUUCAAAAUGAUAUUAUUGCACAAUAU